AUGAAGACCAACUAUCGCGAACAUCGUGCUGUUCAGACCGUAGACCAUCAACCAGUCAAGGCUCUUAUCAAACUCACCACCUCACUACCUCACCAACCUCACCACCUCGCCACCUCACCAACAUUCAGCAUCACAUCAAAUCUGAGCGCGCGGCACCAACAUCAUUGUCGAUCGCACAGCGACUCGCGCCGCCGCAGUCACCGCCUCAGACGCGACAUUGCGCCAACCGCGACAUCUUCACCAAACGCCCCUUCCCACCGAAACCGACGACUUCACCAAAAUCGACUUCCCACCAAAUCCAAAAACUCACCAAAUCCGAAAAUCAGCAAAUUCGCCACCACAACUCCGAAACCCGAAAUCCUACGACUUCAUCCUUCGACUCCACGAACCGACAACAGCAGCACAGACAGGCGUACAGGCAUCGAGAGGCACCGAGGUGGCAAGAGAGGCAGAGAUAUGGCAGCAGAUAGUGAUACCCAGCGAGCAGCGAGCAAAGGCAUGAAAGCGUGUUGGGGCGGAGGGCAAUGGGCAUGAGUAUAAGAAGGAUAUGACACAAGAUUCACGACCUCUGCUUAGCGAAGGGUGUGGUUCGCGGGUUGUUCACUCAACCGUCUGGUGCGGGUGGGUAUGCUUUAGGGCCGGGUCAAUCUCUGGGCGUCAGAACGUGGGUAUAUACCCACGCAACUGCACUGCCAUUUACGGAGACCGCGCUACUUGCAACUCACCGUCUGCGACGUCCACCUCCCACUGAGCCAACUUGCUGGGCGCUGAGUAUACUCAGUCAGGUCAAAAGCAGUUCGGUCUUCAGCGCGGCAAAGUCCUCUGUUUCCGCUGUGUCUUGGCGUAAUAUGCGGCGCAGGGGUUUCAUCCGUCAGCAACGGCAGCAACUUCAUCACUCACGACCGACGGUUUGGUAUGACAUUCAUGCUCUCGCUGCUCGCUGGCUCUUGGGUUCAUUGCGAUAUUGAUUGGUGGUGGUGGUGGCAUUCAGUGGUGGGCAGUUCAGGCUUCGCGGUGGCAUUUAGUUGACAUCUUUGUAAUUUCGGUGGUGGUGUUUGGGUGCUCUCGCAGGUGGCCUCUGGUAAUUUUUAAUCAAACUCAAUGUGCUUGC